AACCAGCAAAGAUCCCGAUACACAACAGUUGGAGAAGUCUAUCAAAUCAAGAGCACCACCAUCCCGUUUAGCUAAAGAAGAUAUCGAUUGCAUAAUGUAUGCCAAGGAAUUAAAAGGUGGAUCUAAAAAAGUUUUGGAGUGGUAUAAAAUUGGUAUACAAAAGUGUAAUAAAAUAUGGAAGUCUGAGAACCCAUACUCAUAUGCAAAUUCAAUCGAAGAUGCGAAUUUACCUAACUGGUACAUCAAUAAUAGUAAAUUUGAGAAGGUGGAUACAUCACCCAAACCAACGUCUCAAAUAGAUAUAUCCAAGAAACCUGAUAUCGUCAAGCCUGAUCCCAUCGAAGUAAAGAAGAUGCGAAAACAGGGUGAAAUGGAACGAAUUGCAAAGAAUAUUUUUAGAUCAGAAUUGAGUAAAUUAGUGCAAGCUGAUGACUAA